AUGCGUGAAUCCAACUACAAGGCUGUGUCCUCCAACAAAGCGGCCGUCACCAUCACCACCAGUCUAUAUGAUCGGAGGGCGCUAGACGUCACCUCCGAUAAGCCGUUGGUCAACUCGUUGAACUACUUGACGUACCUCGUAUCGUCGCUGGCCAAGGUCCGUGAGACCCUCAGUGCCGAUGGAGGCAUCGAACGGUUGGUGGAAAUCCUCCACGAGUGCCACAACGCCACCUUCAACUUGAACGACACCAUCUUCAACAGCGAGAAGAAGCUCCUCACUGCCUGGAAGUGGACGUUGGCGUUCCAGUGCUUGGUCUUGGUGGGCACCCGAGGCACCGAGAAAAUCAGGCAGAAGGUGGUCCAGGCUGGCAUCUUGCCCAUCAUCGCUACCGUGUUGGACAACUAUCUCUCGUUGCAUGAACGCACGUUUAUCCACGCCAACUCGAGGCACCAACCCGCCCUUCCAACCACUACCAGCACCACUAUCAACAGUUCCAACAGCAACAACAGCAGCAACAACAGCAGCAGCAGCAACAACAACAGCAGCAGCAGCAACAACAGCAGCAACAACAACAGCAGCAGCAACAUCAACAGCAGCAGCAACAGGCCUGCCAAUCCUAUAAACUUAUCAGCCACGGGUAUAGAGAACACUAGCAUAAGUACUACAUUUCCAACCUAUUUCAAUAAUAACCAUGCCAACAAUUUAACAAACGAUGAUUAUGACAACUUGACGCUUGAUCAACUCUUUAAGCUCAUAAGAAAUACUUCUGUCAUGAAUGAUGUACGCAGAAGACACAUGAUCAUUCAUAUUAUCAAAAAGUUGAAGGAAGAAAAGGAACUUGAGAUCUUGGAUGACCGUUUUCUUAAUGAUGGUGACUAUGAAAUGGACAAUAACUUGCACUUUUUGACUAAUUUAUACUUGCAAGAUUUCGAAACUAAUAAGGCAUUGAUAAAUUCGAAAAUUGCCGUAAGAAACUUCACUGAGACCGGUGUGGUUAUACCUAGGGAUGAUGAUAUUGUGUGGUCCUUGCAAUUACUUGCCUACAUUUCCAAGUAUUCUUACUUGAAGGAUGUCUUGCAGAACACCCAUUUGGUCAUUGACAUGAGUAUUAGAGAUAAACAGUUGAAAAUUUACCUUGAAAAACAAAUGAAAUUGAGCAUUAAGAAAAACAUGGCUUUCAAAAUGAAACCAAGGCCUAAGAUCACCCCGAGGUCUAGAAAAUCAAAGAGAACUGAAACUCUUGAGGGCUCGGCAAGUUGUGAAGAGAAUUCCACUUACCUUAAGCGUUUUAAUCCAUCUGCCUCUACUUCUCCCCAAAUGUUGGAUGAUAUAAAUGCCAUUCAUAAUGACAACUUCUUGUUGGAUGAAGACAAAUUCGAACUUUACAAUAAAGCAAAGCAAACUUGUCUCACAGAAAAUGCCGAAGUUGAGGAUGAGGAUGAAGACGACGAAAUCGAAGAUGAUGAGGAUGUGGAGGUCGAACUUGACAAAGCAGCCGAAGUGCAGAUCGAGCCUGAAGAGAAAUGUACCCAUAAUAUUUAUAAUGAAGCCAUUCAAGAAGAGGCUAUGACAAUCACGAAAUCGGAUUAUGUUAAUCAACUAUACGAAGCUAUUGUUAAUUGCGAGUCAAUCGUGGAUGAUCUUGAACGUGAUAUCAAGCUUUUCCAAAUCAACGAAAAGAUGAACAAGUACAUUGAAGUGGAGAGCAAAAGAUUGGUGCAAACCAUUAUUUUGAAACGCAAAGAAAAGAAAGAAUUUUUAACCAAGAAAUGGAAUUAUGAUGAUUACACUGGAUUCGAUAUCGACGAGAAAAAUGAAGACCAAGACGACUCGUUGAUCGAAUACAAGAAGGUGAAUCUUUUCCCGAUUGUUGAGAAGUUCACGUUCUUGACCGGUACCGACAUGUACUACUGGUCAGGAGUAAUCAUGAGAAACUCGUGCAGAAGAAACGAACUCAGAGGUAGUGUUAGACAAUGUGGAAACCUCGAAUGUGGAAAGUGGGAGAGAUACCCCCGCGAAUUCCUGAAAUGCCGGAGAUGCAAACGUACCAAGUAUUGCUCCCGAGAGUGCCAAAUGCGAGCCUGGCACUGUCAUCGAAACUGGUGUGUGCCUAGUAAUUCUAGCACUACCACAAGCACCACCAACACUUCGGCCCAAACGCCU